AUGUCUGCCAUCAGCAUUCUUGUCCCAAAUGAUGUCCAGGGCCUCCAAGUCUUCAAAGAGGGUCAUUGGUAUGAUGUCAAGUACAUCCCCAAUGCCCUAAUCAUCCAUAUUGGUGAGCAGGCUGAGGCUGUGCUUCAUAGGUCAACAGUGAACAAAGAGAAGACAAGAAUGUCAUGGCCAGCGUUCUUGGAGCCACCACAGGAGCCGGAAGUAGGGCCACAUCCUAAGCUUAUUAGUGAGGAAAAUCCCCCAAAGUACAAGACCAAGAAGUAUCGUGACUAUGUUUAUUGUAAGCUCAACAAGAUUCCCCAGUGA